CGUCAGACGUCUCACCGACACUGACUGGAACACACCACCACCGACGCCAACAUGGCUUCCUACCUGAACAUCGCUGACGAUGAGAAGGGUCACGACCUGGACCUGUUCUGCGUCCCCAGACAUUACGAGAACGACCUGGACAGAGUGAUCAUCCCCCACGGACUCAUCAUGGACAGGACAGAGCGCCUGGCCCGGGACAUAAUCCAGGACAUGGGGGGACAUCACAUCGUAGCUCUGUGUGUCCUGAAAGGGGGCUACAAGUUCUUCGCGGACCUCCUGGACUACAUUAAAGCGCUGAACCAGAACAGUGAUAAAUCAGUCCCCCUGACAGUGGAUUUCAUUAGGGUGAAGAGCUACUGUAAUGACAAGUCAACAAACAGUGUGAAAAUCAUAGGAGGGGAUGAUCUGUCCAAUCUCUCAGGGAAGAAUGUUUUGAUUGUUGAGGACAUCGUGGAGACCGGGAGGACGAUGCAGACGCUACUGUCCCUGCUGAGUGGAUGUAAACCAAAGAUGGUUAAAGUUGUCAGCCUUUUGGUGAAGAGGACUCCGAGGAGUUCAGGGUACAGACCAGACUACAUCGGCUUUGAGGUGCCAGAUGCCUUCCUGGUGGGGUACGCUUUGGACUACAACGAGUACUUCAGAGAUCUCAGUCACAUCUGCAUACUGAACGACCAAGCCAAGGAGAAGUACAAAGUGUGA